ACGCGGAGCACAGGGCCGGCGGUGGGGAGCCGGGAGGGAGGCGGCAGAGCCGCAGCAGCUCCCUGAGGUGAGAGGCCCGCUGUCCUGGUGUCCAGCGAGCAGAGGGCUGGGACGUGAACGUCGUUCUCCAGGGAUUCUGGUGGAGCCAAUGCCCAGACUGGAGAACUGCGCCUGGAGCUGUGCCUGCGCUGCCAGGGGAAGACACAAAACCCAACUGGGGGACACGGCGGCUGGGCUGGCCGCCAAGGUGGGCGAGAUGCUGAGCUCCUCGGUCUCCAGCCCGUCCCUGUCGUUGGUGGGUCAUGGAGCACGCAACCCCAGCACUUCCAGUACCAGCAGCACCAGCAGGAGCAGCACCUUGAGUCAACACCUAGUGCAGAGGAGUGUGGUCCUCUUCGUCGUCGGCGCUUUCAUGGCCCUGGUGCUGAACUUGCUGCAGAUCCAGAGAAAUGUGACUCUGUUCCCUGACGAGGUUAUUUCCACUCUCUUCUCCUCCGCCUGGUGGGUGCCUCCGUGCUGCGGGACAGCCGCUGCUGUAGUUGGCCUGCUGUAUCCCUGCAUUGACAGCCACCUUGGGGAACCACACAAGUUCAAGAGAGAGUGGGCCAGCGUGAUGCGAUGCAUAGCAGUUUUCGUUGGCAUUAACCAUGCCAGUGCUAAACUAGAUUUUGCAAACAAUGUGCAGCUGUCCCUGACUCUAGCAGCCCUGUCACUGGGUCUCUGGUGGACAUUCGAUCGUUCAAGAAGUGGUCUCGGACUUGGAAUUACAAUAGCCUUUGUAGCAACUCUAAUAACUCAGUUUCUUGUAUAUAAUGGUGUUUAUCAGUAUACAUCCCCAGAUUUUCUUUACAUCCGUUCUUGGCUUCCAUGUAUAUUUUUCUCAGGAGGUGUGACUGUAGGAAACAUAGGACGCCAACUGGCUAUGGGUAUUCCAGAGAAGCCACACAAUGACUAAUUCUUUAAGGAAGACAACUCAGUGCCAGUCUGAAAGCAACAUUACGAAGAUGUGCUCCUGUUUUAAAUUGAAGAUUAU